GCAUAGCAUUGAUAUCCCAAACAGAACUCAACGACCAAAACAGAGGUUUUGAACACAAAACUAACACCAAUGGUAUUUUUGACAGAAGAAACGUGGUGGAGGGAGAGAAAGUCACAACACUGUAUGGAAUCAUGCAUCACUAGAGAAUAUAGAUAGAUAGGGAGAGAGAGAGAGAGAGAGAGAGAGAGAGAGAGAGAGAGAGAGAGAGGGAAAGGGAAAGUGUGUGUGUGUGUGUGAGAAAGAGAGAAAGUGGAGUCUUUUGACUGAGCCUAGCCGGCAAAAGCCGUCUAAGGUUGUUGUCUGGUUGAUGAUAAUGUUCUUUUUAAUGUCUGAAUACGCGUUGAACUUUCAGACAUACCCCCCACCACACUUUUUUCUUGUUAAGCCUCUGAUCCAUUUUUACCCUUAAUCCCAAACCAAAGGUCCACCUUGUCUUUUUCCUUCAUUAAUUGAUUCCAUUGUUUGUAAAUCAUAAUACUCUGAGUGUUAUAACCUUCAUUCAUCUCAGACUUUUUUUUAUUGCUUAGAUUUCUUCUUUUAUUAUUGAACAAUGAUUACUUUAUGACAGUUAGUGAUUGUUGUUGGAGGGUUAUGAAUUGUGGGUUUGAUUCAAGCUCAGAGCUUUUGAAUUGGGUGGGGGUGGAAUAUUUCAGUGGUGUAUUUUUGGUAUCUGAUUUUGAAUUGGGUUUGCGUCGAUGAAGGAAAGUUUUCGUCUUUACUUUUGAAUAGCGAGAAAAGAAGGUACUGUGUAGUGGGUGACUUAAUUUUUAUGAGUUUUGGUGGAGUUGUUGGAAGAAGUGGUGCUGGUGGAUGGCGAUCCUACUUUUUGAAGGAUAAUAAUUUUGUGAAGUUGAUGUGAUAUCGUUGUGCUUCAACAUGGGUUGCUUAUGCUCUAAGAGUGCAGCUGUAGAGGACAGCAAGGUAGGAGUCACUAAGAAAUUGCAAUCGUAUAGCACAAGGCCUUCAGAGUUGAAUGUUUUGCGGUUGAAUUCGACUAGGAGGGUUGAUGAAGGUGGGGCUAAAGAUGUGAUAACAGACAGUGGUCAUGUAAAAGGUUCAUUGAUUGACAAGAAGGCCAAUGGUUCAGGGCAGUUGUAUGUUGAUCAUGAUGGGAAGAAGAAAACAGAGAAGCCUGAAGUGACUGUUGUGGAUCAUAUUGGCCCUGGAAGAAUUCCAAAGGCUAUAGAAGGAGAGCAAGUUGCAGCUGGAUGGCCAGCAUGGCUUUCUUCUGUUGCUGGUGAAGCUAUUAAGGGAUGGAUACCUCGGAGAGCGAAUAAUUUUGAGAAGUUGGACAAAAUUGGACAAGGAACUUAUAGUACUGUUUAUAAGGCAAGGGAUGUGAUUAACCGCAAGUUUGUUGCAUUGAAAAAAGUACGCUUUGACAAUCUUGAUCCUGAGAGUGUGAAGUUUAUGGCAAGGGAAAUCCAUGUUCUGCGUAGGCUUGACCAUCCAAACAUUAUAAAAUUGGAGGGCUUGGUAACGUCUCAUAUGUCUCGCAGCUUGUACCUUGUUUUUGAGUAUAUGGAACACGAUCUUACAGGACUUGCAUCAAAUCCUGAAAUCAAGUUCUCUGAAGCACAGCUAAAAUGCUACAUGCAGCAACUUCUUAGUGGAUUGGAUCAUUGUCAUAGUCAUGGUGUGCUCCACCGUGACAUAAAGGGCUCAAAUCUUCUCAUUGACAAUAAUGGAAUCUUAAAAAUAGCUGAUUUUGGUUUGGCAAGUUUUUUUGACCCCCACCACAGUGUUCCAUUGACAAGCCGAGUAGUAACUCUAUGGUAUAGACCACCAGAACUUUUACUUGGAGCAAAUCAUUAUGGGGUUGCAGUGGAUUUGUGGAGCACUGGUUGCAUACUGGGUGAACUAUAUACUGGAAGGCCCAUUUUGCCAGGAAAAACAGAGGUUGAGCAAUUGCAUCGAAUUUUUAAACUUUGCGGCUCACCAUCUGAUGAGUAUUGGCUUAAAUUGCGGCUGUCACAUUCAACAGUAUUCCGGCCACCACACCAUUAUAGACGAUGUGUUACUGAGACAUUUAAGGACUACCCAUCUACUGCUGUAAAGCUUAUAGAGACCCUGCUUUCAGUAGAGCCGGCACAACGAGGAACUGCAGCAGCUGCUCUGAAAAGUGAGUUCUUUACAUCAGAGCCUGUGCCUUGUGAUCCAUCAAGUUUACCAAAAUAUGCUCCCAGCAAGGAAAUUGAUGCUAAGUUACGAGAUGAAGCCAGAAGGCAAGGAGCUGGUGGAGGUAGGGACCAAAAAGUUGCCUUGGGAGUUAGACAAGAAAAAGGGCAUAGGACUAGUGUCACAGUAAAAGACAAUGCCGACCCAGCUGCAUCAGUACAGGUACUCUGAAAAGUUUUAAAUUUUAUUGUAUGACUUGCCUCUGUGAUAUUAUGAGAAUGUGUCAGGACACCAAAACCUUUUUUGGGUUGUUGCAAGUUUGCAACUUGCACUGACAUUUUAGUCUUACUGUAACCUCUGUUUAUUUAUGAGGCUAAGAUGAGAAUACUUGGGUUUGAAUCAGGCUGGGGUAUAAGUGAAUUUCUAGUUCUAAAACUAAAAGAAAAGAUUUGUGAGCUUGGUGCCUAUUGUUUAUUUCAUAAAUAACUUUUUAUUGAACAGUAUAAAAGCCUUAUAUACUGAACCAAUCUUAUAUACUAAAAUUUCUAAGUAUUCUUGUGCUCUCUCCCACUAGUUAACCUAUUUCAACUCACUGUCCUAUUCUCUCUUUUAACAUUUUCUUCCACAUAGAGCUUAUUCUUAACUGUUGUCUGAUGCAGCAAGGCGGUUAUCCAGUUCAAAGGAAACCGAAGUGAAUUAUACCAACUCCUAUAGGGGAGCAGUGUCGGGAUUCUUGUUUUCUCCUCUACAUAACAUCAGAAGAUGUUAAAGCCAAAUGGAAAAUAGUUUCUCUGGGCAUAUAUAUAAGAAGCUCAUCACAUACAGGCCCAUGGCUUCCUGGUUCUGUGUUUUUGGGCCUAGCAAUGGUGCAAAGGAAGUUGAUGAUGUACCUCCCUACUUCCAAUCAGUAAGGGAUCUAUCAAAACUAUCUGGGCUAAGUGGCAUCUAGGCAUUGCUUCCAGAAUAUCAGAGUGAAAACCAGUUCUCCUUGCCACCACAGAAAACCAAUGUUAGAAGUCAGUAAAUCAAAUGGAGUCAACAUAUCUGGAAUCAGAGUCCAGAAGAAGACCAGAGCACCAAACAACGGAUUGUUGAAUUCACAUAUCAAAAUCGAAAGCAGAAGGGUCCCCACCGAAAAAUCAACCCCGGUUAGUUAUUAUUGUUAUAUAUUUUUUUCACUUUGGUAAUUAUUAAAUAUUUGGUAGUGGAAAUCUUCACUUGAUUUGGAUUCUCUCAUGUUACAUGAUCAUUCUAUUGGAGGUAGAUAAACACAAGUUUCAUUACAUAAGGACUAUAGUGUUCCUCUUGAUGUGUUAUAAAGUGUAAUCGUUAUAUUCAAAUCAGCAUUCAGUAAACUGUUUGAUAAUAACCUUAGGAGAAUCACACCACAAAAACUAGCUGUAUUAGCUGCAGAGCUUAAGACUGAAGUUCCAUACUUUUCAAACGGAUUCUAACAUUGUCACACUAUUAUUCUAUAAAAUUUUGGUCUUCUUUUUAUGAAAUGCUCCAGUUGCCAUGUUCCCUAGUAGUUGAAUGUAACACUCACAGAUGAUAGGCCACUAAUUAUAGUAAAUGGAGUCCAAGUACUGUGGCAACAAUGAAUGAAUAUUUGACCACUAUUAGUGCAACAAAAAUAAGUGUUUUUAGUUGACAAUUGAUGGUGGGGACACUGUUCACAGGGUGUGGGAGUGAGUUUCGAUAUUGGAAACUACAAGAAUACCUUAUCUCAGGUACCAUUAAUGGUGUCACAUCUAGCAACAUGGUACUAAAGUAUGCUUGAAAGAGCAUGAUAGAAAGAUUCCACGGUAUUUUAUCAAGACGAAGCAAGAAAUUGUGAUAAGUUCAAGAGGUGAGAAAGUUCGUUGCACAGCGGAAUGGUGACAUUACGUUAGUAUUAUUCUGUUUUGUUUCAACCAACUCAACUUAAAAACCAUAUUUUUAUAAUACAUACAUUUUAUUUAUACUAAGUCUGUAGGAUAGGGAAGAAAGAGUGCAUUCACAUAUUUACAUCUAGUAGUAAUAUAUAUUAAUUAAAUAUCAAUAUCAUGUAAAAUUGCUAGGCUUCAUAAGAAGAGAUUUACAGCCUUUCUUCAACUCUUUCAUGCUUCACUCGCUUUAGAUAAUAUAUUAAUAAAUACAAGUCAAUUCAAUUUAU